UAGGGUUUUUCAAUUGCAGUUUUCUGUUCAUUUUUCUUCACUCACUUAGAAUUAACGAUUACUCCACAGUUUCCUUUCCGUGACUCGUGAAAUUGAAAGACUGACCGCAUUGUGCGAAACUGUACGAUGUUUUUGUUCUUUUUACUUAAUUGCAUGCACAUCCAAUGUAAAAGGGGAAAAAUCAUUCUUUUUUUGUGUUUGGGGUUUUGAGGCUUAAUAAAUAAUUUACAAUAUCUAUUAGGAUUCUUACUUUCAUUAAGGGGUUUUUGAAUUUUUGGGUAUAGUUGAGCAUUUGAUAUUUUUAUGAUCCUGGGGCUGAUUAUUUAUGUUGCCAAUGACUUUUAUGGAUGAGGAUGCUUCUUCGGGCUCUGGAGAUGAUGUGAACAUGUUGGAUGGACACAAGCGUCAGGCGGGUGUGCCGUCGAGUUCUUGUGGUGGCCGGAAGAGAGGCCGGAAAGCUACCGGGGCAGCUAUAGUGGACGCCAUGCUGGAGAUAGCAGCUGCUUCAAAGAUGAGAGCAAGUGCUAUCAUGAAGAAUGAGGAAAGGUUCUCUAUAAGCAAGUGCAUCAAAGUGUUGGAUGAGAUGCAAGAUACACCAAUCAGCAUGGAUGACAUUGAUCUAGAAUUGGAUGAGAUGGAAUUAGUUGCUGCUGCUGCUGGAUACUAUUACUAUAGCUGUCUAACCAAACAGCCUUCCCGUGGUUUCUCACCCAGGAGAUGUGAAUUUAUGACCGAAGUGCUGAAUGGGCACGAUGACUUUUGUCGGGAAAUGUUGCGGAUGGACAAGCAUGUAUUUCACAAGUUGUGUGACAUACUCCGGCAAAGAGCCAUGCUACGUGAUACUGCUGGUGUAAUGAUAGAGGAACAGCUAGCGAUAUUUUUAAACAUCACUGGCCACAAUGAACGUAAUAGAGUGAUUCAAGAGCGGUUUCAGCAUUCUGGUGAAACCAUUAGUCGGCAUUUUAAUAAUGUGUUGAAGGCUAUUAAAUCUUUGUCACGUGAACUUCUGCAACCACCUCAGCUCACAACGCCUCCAGAAAUUCUCAAUAGUGCAAGAUUUUAUCCUUAUUUCAAGGAUUGUAUAGGAGUAAUUGAUGGUAUGCAUAUUCCUGCACAUGUUCCAGCCAAAGAUCAGUCUCGAUUCCGUAAUAAGAAAGGUAUCCUGUCCCAAAAUGUGCUGGCAGCUUGCACAUUUGACCUGCAGUUUAUAUUCAUUUAUCCUGGUUGGGAAGGCUCUGUCACUGACUCACGUGUAUUAAGGGCAGUCCUUGAUGACCCGGAUCAGAAUUUCCCACAAAUACCUCAAGGAAAGUAUUUCCUUGUUGACAUGGGAUACUUAAACACGGAAGGGUUUAUUGCUCCUUUUCAAGGGGUUCGAUACCAGCAUUAUGAGUAUAGAGGUGCUAAUCAAUUACCCAGAAAUGCCAAGGAGCUGUUCAAUCACAGACAUUGUUUUCUGAGGAAUGCUAUCCUGAGGUCAUUUAAUGUGUUGAAAGCUAGGUUCCCGAUCCUUAAACUUGCUCCUCAGUAUUCCUUCCAGAUUCAGCGGGAUAUAGUCAUAGCUGCAUGUGUUUUGCAUAAUUUCAUACGCCACAAAGAAAGAAAUGACUGGUUAUUCAGCAAUGUUGGAGGGGUGCUGGUGGAUGAAAUGUCGGAUCUUGACGAACUUUCUGAUGUGCAGUUGCUUUCUUCAAUACAAGAACAACUUGCAUUCUCAUUACGGGAUUCAAUUGCUGCAGCUAUGUGGGAUGACUUUUUAAAUAAGUGGGAUGAGUGGUGAUCCUCAGCUGGAGAAAUGCCAUAGCUUGGUAACUUGAUUUGUGGGUCUGUUGCAGAGGGCUAUGCAACUUGAUCAUCCGCAUGGAACUGAUGAUCACUUUAAUAUGUUGUCAAAUGCUCAAUAUUUUUGAGAGUAGCUUGAAAUUUUGUAUAG